GACAUUCUUAUGUGUUAUACUAGCUUCCUAUGUUUUCUGACGAAGUUCACCGCCUGUAAAAUCAUUUUUUGUUGUUACAACCUCUACCGCUGCGGGAAAAUAUAUUUUUAAAAUGCCUCCGAAGAAAAGAAAUAAUGCCUCUAAAAAACUGAAGAACGCGGCAGCAGAAAAUAAAUCCGCCCGUGAUCUUGCCCGGGACACAGCAGCAAAGCAAAAUGGCGCUCGUAAACGUGCCAAGCUCUGCAACCAGGGAUAUUUGUUGGAAGCUCUCGAUGAAGCGAUGUCCAAAGGGAAUGGUGCCGGUUUCACCAACAGUGGCCUUGUAUUUGUUGCGGCUAACACCGCUAAAAGCUCGACAGAGGACAAUGAACAAAACUCCGAUCCGCUGAAUUUAAGCUUAAAGGCAGUUCAGGUAGACCUCGAGGUAGACAAACAUCAGUAUGCCCAAAAACGUAUGAUUGACGGCAAAACAAUAUCGGGAACGUUUUGUACACAAAAACAAUUGUACAAUUCUCACGGCAAUCAUGUGUCUCCAUUAGCAAGGUCACCGUACUCUGAAAAAUCGUCAAUCGAUUCAAUCGUUGACAUUGUUGAAAAUAGCCAGCCAAACACGACGUCAUUGAAACCAGGUCCAGCUAGAAAGCUAGUUACCGAGUUUACUGCCGCUGCCAACGUUUCAAAUAUCCAAACGAAAAGCUCCUAUCAGCAAUGGAAGCGUCUGAUUCCGGAUCAUCCACCGAGUUGUAAGGGAAAUGCGAGGGGAAAUGAUCUGAACAGUUCCAGUGAAGAUGGCUUCGAUGACUGGGAUGUUGGUCUAAAUACAAGUCCACAAGUCCUUGCCAGCAAAGUGUCUGCUACUGAUAUGCAACCAGAGUCAAAGUCCGAGGGGUCAAAUGAUCGAUCACGUAUCCCAGUUCCUUGUCUGUCCAAUGGUCAUGGUAAUGCAUCUCGGACAAGAAAUCGCGCCUUCUCAAUUCCUCCAACAAGCUCUGAUGAAGAUUCACCGAAUGUCAGAAAGCUUGCUAGACCUGGAAGGGUUGCUGUAAGAUGUCCGACAAUUGACUUUGGAAUUGAUGCUUCUUGUCAUGAAUUGUCUAUUAACGAAGCUCCCAGUGCUGUACGACGCCCUCAACAGACGACUACAUCGCUAGUAACAAAAGGAAUGUUGAAAGAACAGCCACUCAUCAUUCCACAGAAGGAUCCUAGUCAGGCUGAUGAUGGCGACGGCGGUUCAUAUCGUGAAAAGUAUUUCAAUGUGUUGGAAAAAUACAAGGAAAAAGCAGCGGCAUAUAAAGAUCUGAAGAAGAAAUACGAUCAACAGAAAUUGACCAUAGCCGAAAUGAAAGAUCUUGUUGUCUUCGCAAACAUCGAGACAAAAAAGGCACAAAUGGAUCCGAAUGCAAAAAUGGUAUUCACAACAGUUCCUGGAAUUGAAAUAACUGCACAACAAAUUGUGGAAAUCGAUUCCGUGUCAAAAACAGACAUCAUGUUCGGUCAAAACUUGGCUUUGUUUUUUUAUGGUGCCAAAAAACUGCAAACAAUGUCUGUGACCGGCACUGCAACCAAUCGUUUCAAGAACGCUAAACCCCGACCUGGAAUUUCACCUAAAAAACUGGCUUUCAUUCACGAGAAAGUACAGCAACGAGUUGCUUCACGAGUAGGAGCCAACAAUUUGUCACAGAUUACAACAUUGGCUCAUGCAACACGAAUCAACAAAGGCAUCGCUGAGAAAAUCGCCAACCUGAACAAAGCAAUGAAAUACGCAGUUGCGCGUAAAGUUAUUCGGGACGUUGAGCAAGGUGUCAAUCUUGCAGCAGAUCAAACAUCAAAAUAACGUUACAAACUGUUUUUUCUUGAAUUUCUUGAUUCUUAUGUGACUUUAUUUUUACUUUACGUGGGCAGCCAUUAACCACAGAACAUUCUCAUAAAUUGUCUUCAUUUUUACUUCAGGCGGGCAGUCGUCAAAAUUGUUACGUUACGUUUCAUCUGUUUGUUAUGUUUAUGAUAAACCAAACCAUGUUUGGUACAUUUUAACACAGUAUGGCUUUUAUUUGAUUAAUAAAUAAAUAUUAUUAAAACACAAGCAGUUUAUUCAA